GAAUCUCAACAAGGUCACCAACGCCAAUUGCACUCACGCACGGAGGUUUUUUCAAUUGCAUCCAUCUUGUUCAAGUUUUGAAACCUACUUUUGUUUUCUGUAGAAUGUCAUACGCUUUUGCGGCUUCGAGGAGCUGCAACGCGGCACGUCCGACCUUCCGAAACGCCGCUCGGGUGACUGGAGUUGGCAAACGAAGGGCUUUGGCAUCGAUAAAUCACCAUCGGUUAUUCGCCUCUGGGGAUGGUUUGGCUAGCCAACACGGAAAGGGCGGGAUUCCGGGAAACUUUCGGAGCUCGAUGAAUUUCAGCAACACCAGCAGAGCGAUUUCGUUUUCGAGCACCGGCGACAGCGAUACGGUUUUGUCCAAGGACUUGCCAAACAUACGCUUCCUCGUUGCGCCACAGAUAUACGAAGAAGACGAUGGGGGGUGACAAAGUACAARUCAUACCUACGCCUUAUUGUAAAUUUCAAAUCAAUAGAAUGAUCCAACUUGU